AAACUAGCUUUGCGGAGUCAGGCAAAUCAAAUUGAAAGACAAAAGGAUCCUUUUCAUAUCUUUUUAUUACUAUCCCGAGAGGCCUCACAGAGAUGACAUUGUUGUGGCUUUUUAACAUGCACUUUCCAUACUAAUUUUAGAAGUUGAAUGYCAUCAACACUUUUUUAUUGUUACCACUGUCAAUCAAGCUUGAAGAGUUAUUAAGAAGCUGAAGUUGUUUAGCAAUUCGUGUCAUCUAGGUUUAGAAAAAGCGCAUGUAAAACUGAGUUAAUCUAAAAGACACUGAAGACUUCGAAAGUUCGGUCAGGAAGAAAUUGUCUUAUAAUUAUUAAAUUGCACUAUAAUUGGUCUACAAUGAAAUUCCUUUAAAAAAUGCAUUACAUUAAGUUCGUCUGUUUGAACAUCACAGGAAACAAUAGACCACAACAAAGGUUGCUCUAAUUUUCAAUACCCCCAGACUGAAACCCGAACUUUGAUCAUAAAAACUGCUGUUUAUAAAUGAGCAGCACACUGAGAUCUAUCAUCUGUGUCAAACGCAUCCGCCUAAAAAAAAAGAUUUGGAAUUUCUGAAAUUUGACAAGUGGCAAGAAGAUGUUUCUGCUCUUUGACGAAAGGUUUUUUAGUUUUCUUUACUUUUCUAAUCUGGACUCGAAGAACCUGAAAACGYUUGCUUUUUAGUUAAUUAAUUGAAGUAACCGUUGAUAUACCAGAGGUGUUUGGCAGACUUAUCAACUUUGGAUUCCAAGGGGUUUGGCAAAGCUAUUAGGACGAUUCGUUACCAUCGAUCGAAGCCAGAUGUAAUCGGUACAGAUAAAGUAGACAAUUAUCGMUUAUCCAGUAGGAUUACMYGCGGAAUAGAUGAUAAACCCUUUUUCAGUAUCAAAGUGAUCAUCGAACGCUCCAUUCUUUCUCCUCUUGUUAUUUGGAUGCCAAUGCACUAGAGUAACUUGAUAGUCUGGUAAUAGACCACUGAAUUGAGGAACGUAUCAUUUGAAGCUGUUUGCAGGGUUUAUGUCGCAGUAGGAAUAUGAUGGCUUCGCUACGUUGAUMAUUUAAGAAACUUAAGCCAAUGGUGGCGGCAGGUCACAAAAGGAAUCCAGUCCAAAAAAUAGUGAGCUAGAAGAUCAUUUUAGAGCAGUUUACUCAAGAAGCAGGCUAGUACYCGAAACAAUCUGAUAUAUUUCUCAAGUGGCUCUCUUAGAUCGAGUGUAUUUGGUGUCUCAUUUCGUAUUAAAGAUGUCUAGGAUCUAUAGGUGACAUUCUAAUCACUUGACUAUACUUUAGUUUCAAGAACAAUUGCUCACAAAAAAUGAACAAAACUUUGGCUUUCAAUGGUUCAAGAAAGGAUUUCUGGACGGACGAGGAUUAUCAUUUGUAUCGCCCUAUCAUGUUUAUAAUCCUGGGGAUUGGAUUCAUCGGGAAUGUACUAACCAUCAUUGUUUUUCUGCUGAAACAAAAUCGCUGUAAAGUGAUCACACCUUUUUUCAUCAACUUAGCUAUUGCAAACCUUUUCAUCACUGUGUUUGGGUAUCCUGUUGCUAUCAAUGUGAACCURACYAGAGAAAGACUCCUUGAGGGCACCGUAGCGUGUACAUGGUAUGGAUUUGUUAAUGGGUCUGUUGGCAUAGCGUCCAUUGUAAUGCUUACAGAGAUCAGCGUUGUGAUGUGGUAUAACAUGACGUCAUUAUUUGUCCUGGACAACAUACCAUUAAAGUAUAAAGUUGCCCUGCUAACCUGCCCCUGGUUGUAUGGAAUCCUGGUCAUGACCCCGCCUUUGUUUGGUUGGAAUAGGUUUAUUCCAGGGUCUUCUGGUAUAAGUUGCUGUCCUGAUUGGAGGUCAAAUGAUCAGAGGACGUUAAUAUACAAUAUUUUGCUAGUUAUAUUGGGAUUCYUUCUUCCAUUAGUCGUCAUAUGCAUCAGCUACAUCAAAAUAUACAGAUUUUUUUCGAGAGAAAUCUCAAAUAACAACUUCUCACAGGAUAAGCGUCGUCAGUCACAGAUACGCGUUACGCGCGUGAUCGUUGCGUCUAUUGUUGCGUUUGUCGUAAGUUGGUCUCCGUACUGCGUGAUUAGUUUGGCGGCCAUGUUUAGCCACCGCCAUGUCUUGAAGCCUGGAGAAGCUGAGAUCCCAGACCUUUUGGCCAAAUCAUCCGUUAUCUACAAUCCUAUCAUUUAUACAUUGUUAAGCAGGCAGUUUCGUGAAAACUUGACAAGUAUUCUGUUCAAACGUUGUCGAAGAAAAAACUACGUAACGAAAGGAUAAACGAUGAGCAGUGAAUGCAUUUACGUUUGUCGUUGAUUGCGCCGUGCUUCCAAAUCACUUUCGAACACUAAAUAAACUAGAUACUACUCUCAAGCACUAAUUAUCUCACUAGAUACUCUUAAACAAUCUACCAGUCAUCAAAACAAGGUAUCUGCAGGUCUCUAAGACUUUUAAAAACGUUUGUCACGAACAAAAUUAUUUUAAAGAAGUAAGGGCGCCACAUUUGAUUGUGAGAUUGUCAACAAUG